UCUGAAGCACAAAUAUUGGAAAUGGAUCGUUCAAAUGCUUCUGGAAUUUCUAGAAAAAUCCCUGCAAAACCCUCAAUCCUCCAAAAACUGGAGGAGUUUAAACUUGGUUUGCAGGAAAAACUAACUUCAGACUUAUUUUCAUUGGAACAAUUAUUCCAAGCACAAUUCUCGGCACGUUGUGGGGCAAAAUUAGAAAUUGUUAAAAAUCAGGAAUGUGCGAAUAUAGAAGUGAUUGUGGCUGAUUUCCUUUUAGAAAAAGUGGAGAGCUCUGAGAAGAAACAGCUUUCAACGACCGAAUCCUAUCAAAAGCCGGAGUUCCUAGAAGAAUUACCUUCUAUUCCAAUUGAACUUCUUGAAGGCGUAGAUCGUCAAGUAUUUCCAAAAUGCACAUUCAAAGGCUUUCCAACUCCAACAGUUACUUGGUGGAUUGGUAACGAGCCCGUGUUGGGAAAUAAAUUUGUUGAUUGUAUUGUCGAGGAGGGCACCUCAUACUUAGUUGCUCAAAAGGUGCCAAUUGAAUGGGAUGGGAAAGAAAUACAUUGUGAACUUCAUUCGAGUGCAGGAAUGAGUACAUCUAAAAGUGGAACUAUUCGUGUUUUAGGCAAUAACGAAAUUAAUGUUGACAUUGACCUUGAAGCAAUAGAAGAGCCUCAAUCUGAAGGUGUAGCCGAACAUGCCCUCAAAACCUUCUACUCAGCACGUUAUGGCCGCAAAAAACAACAAAAACCAACCUCAAAAUUCUCUUUAGGAGAAAGAAAAAUGUCUCGCGAAAGUCUCUCUACAGUCUUGGAAAGAUUAGAUGAAAGGAGGGGCCAUCGUCCUACAACAAUAACACGUCCAAGUUCAUUUGGAGGGGUCCCUCCCUUCUUUAUUGUUUCGUUGGCGCCGAGUUUGUAUUUAAAUGAGGGUCAGAGCAUCACACUAUCUGCAAAGUGUGUAGGAGCUAAUCGGUUAAUAUGGAAAAAGGACUCGUCAAUUAUUGUUGGGAAUGAAGAUAAAUACAUUAUCGAUACGGUAAUGUCAAGUGGAACUACUCGCUUAACAAUACUAAAUAUAAAUCUUCGUGAUGAAGCGAGUUAUACUUGUGAGGGUAUAAAUGAGUAUGGGAGAGCUUCAACUGAAUGCAGAAUGACAACGGAAUCGGGUGGGUUAAGAAAUUUUGAAGCAAGCUAG